AUGUGUCACAUUGAGUCGGGGUCAGGGAAGCUGAUAAGGGGAACUGAUUUGCCGUCAUCCGGUGACCGGACGAUGGUGCAGCGGCGAGGAGGUGGCGGAAAAGAUGGGGCAGCGGGAAUGGCGGAGGAGGCGCACGUGCCGCUGCAAGCCAUAUUAUUGGCUGACAGCUUCGCGCAGACAUUCCGACCAAUCACGCUGCGCAAACCCAAGGUGCUGCUACCAGUGGCGGGCGCAGCGAUGGUGGACUACACGCUCGAGUGGCUCGCCAUGGUGGGCGUCGAGGAGACCUUCGUCUUCUGCUGCGCGCACUCCCAACAGAUCCGAGCGCACCUGGAGGAUGCGGGCUGGAUGCGCCCCUCCUCCUCCUCGCACCACCAGCAGGGGGGCGGCGGGCAGCGGCACGGGAUGCGCGUGUCAACGGUGGUGGCGCAUGACUGUGUCAGUGUGGGGGACGCACUCCGACACAUGGACCACAAGGGCGUGAUCCGCGGGGAUUUUAUUCUGGUGAGCGGGGAUGUCAUUGCCAAUGUCUCGCUCACACACGCGCUGCACGCCCACAGGGAGAGGAGGCGCAAGGACAAGCAGGCAGUGAUGACCAUGCUGCUCACGCACUGCCCCUCCAACCCCCUCACCCACCUCACGCGCACGGGCAGCGAAUCACAAGUUUUUGGCAUCUGCCCGGACUCUAGCCAGCUGCUUUUUUACGACCCGCCGCCCGACCCCCUCUCCUCCACGGGCACGGGCAAGCUCGCAGCGUUAACGGGUGGGCGGCGUAGCUUGGCAGUAUCUGUGGAGCGGGCGGUGUGGCAGGGGCACAGACGGCUGGCACUGCGCACGGACCUGGAGGACAGUGGCAUAGACAUAUGUGCGCCCGAGGUGCUGUACCUCUACACGGACAACUUUGACUACCAGCACCCUAGGCGAGACUUCCUGCGCGGCAUUCUCAAUGAUGACAUCAUGGGCAACAAGAUCUACACGCACGAGAUCAAAUCGCAGUACGCCGCCCGCAUCGACACGUUGCGGGCGUACGCAGCGGUGACACGGGACGUGCUGCGGCGCUGGGCCUUCCCCCUCGCGCCCGACUGUGCCUUCGGUGCCCACAGCGGCCGCACCGCCGUCACCCGCGGCAACCGGUACCGCGAGGAAGCGGUGUCAGUGGCGAGGUCAGCAGUGAUAGGCGCGGACACGCUCUUAGGGGAGGGCACGGUGGUGGCGGAGAGGGCGGUGGUGCGCAGGUCAGUGCUGGGCGCGCACUGCCUGGUGGGCGAGGGGGCCGUGGUAGAAGGCAGCUUCCUGUGGGGCGGCGUCACGGUGGGCGCGGGCGCGGUGGUGCGGCACGCUGUGCUGUGCGAUGGCGUGCAGGUCAUGGCUGGGGGAAGGGUCAACCCCGGCUGCGUGCUUUCAUUUGAUGUGGUGGUGGCAGCCAAUCACGUGGUGCCAGCUGGCACACGCAUAGCGAGGGAGCAGCAGCCUGAGGAGGAGGGCAGCGAUGAUGAGAACACAGAGGGGCACGGCAUGGCCCCACCUUCGGCCCGCAGAAAGAAGCGAGGUGAUGAGGAGGAGGAUGAGGAGGAGGAGGAGGAGGAAGAGGAGGAGGAUGAGGAGGGAGAGGAGGAGGAGAAGGAGGAGGAGGAUGAAGACGAGGGUGCAUGUGAUGUGCAAGCUGUGGAGGAGAUGUUCAAGCGGGCCGUGGCGGAGGGGGUGGCUCAAGACAACGUGGUGCUGGAGGUCAAUGCGCUCAAGCUGGCAUACAACCGGUCCUUUGCAGACUGUGCGGGCGCCAUGUUCCGAGGCAUGCUCAACCUCGCUGCCUCGCAGACCACUCCCGGGGCACCCACCAAGGAGCUACUGGCAUCCACGCGUGCCGUGGUGACUCGAUGGACGUCGCUUCUGAGAAGGUUCCUCAAGGGCACCGACGACGAGGUGGAGGUUCUGUUAACGUUUGAGGAGGUGUGCAACGAGGGGCGCCCCGAGCUCGCCCCCAUCUUUGUCAAUGUGCUGGAGGCGCUGUACGACAGGGACAUAGUGAGCGAGGAGGCCGUCAUGGCGUGGGCGGAUGAGAAGCAGUUCGCCGAUGCUGCUGACAAGGUCUUUGUCGAGCGAUCUGCAGCGUUCAUCAAGUGGCUGAAGGAAGCCGAGGAGGAGGAGAGCGAUGAUGAGUGA